UAUAUAGGAACUAUACAUACCGAAGCACAAUUAUGAAUCUCCGAAACAUACACUUACAGAAGCUAUGGCUGAAUCAUAGGCAGCAGCACAACUGUUGAAAUUCAACGUUCAGCAUGAUAAGAGCCCUGAUAUCAGAAACGUAGAUGAGUUUAGAACCCGGCUAACCAGCUAAGGUUAGUUCUGUCAGACUAUUAUCGUCUCAGCGUUGUUGAUGCAAGGCUUUCCAUUUCUGUAUUUCUCUUAUAUUGUAAUAACUCCAGAGAUGCUCUCAAUGCAGCUUAUCAUCAACACUUGCUUCGCACAUGUCACUCGGCGACAUCGAGCUUGGAUGAUGCAUAAGCUAGGUGUUGGUGGUGUAAGUGAGGCCAUAUGCAUACACUAUAUUGAUUGUGCACAAGAAGUGAGGCAGCGUACAUUUAACCGUACUGCUGAGAGACGAGGAUGUAAAAGAGCUUUCUUUCGCCUGACCAUCCCUGCCCUCUGCCUUAGCAGCGCUUGUUAUUUUGCAUUAGAUCCAAGAUGUAUUGGUUGCUAGGGGGUAUCUUGAGAUGCAGGUAUGCACUAGGAGACACAGUCCUUUUUGGGAUAUGGGAGAUUUAUGGCGAGGGGGAGUCAUCUAAACCGCCUUUUGCAGCACUCGAUGAGGUUCGUGAUGAUUAUAUCUGUGUAUAAAAAAGAAAGCGAAACAGUUCUCAGCAUUGAUCGAAUGAUAGGGUCGUCGC